AUGAGUCAUACUAGAGAUGCAGCUGACCAGAACUUCGAUUACAUGUUCAAACUGCUUAUUAUCGGCAAUUCGUCUGUUGGAAAAACGUCGUUCCUUUUUCGGUACGCUGAUGAUAGCUUCACAUCGGCUUUCGUUUCGACUGUCGGGAUUGACUUCAAAGUAAAGACAGUAUUCAGACAAGACAAAAGGGUGAAACUGCAAAUAUGGGACACAGCUGGUCAGGAACGUUACCGUACCAUAACAACAGCUUAUUACCGUGGUGCAAUGGGUUUCAUAUUAAUGUAUGAUAUUACCAACGAAGAAUCUUUCAAUGCUGUUCAGGAUUGGGUAACUCAAAUUAAAACGUAUUCAUGGGAUAAUGCGCAAGUGGUUCUUGUUGGUAAUAAAUGUGAUCUCGUAGAUGACAGAGUUGUAUCUGUCGAUCGAGGCAGACAUUUAGCUCAUCAAUUGGGCUUGGAAUUUUUCGAAGCCUCAGCCAAAGAAAAUAUUAACGUAAAGAAUGUAUUUGAUCGUCUUGUUGAUAUUAUAUGCGAUAAAAUGUCUGAUAAUAUAGAUAAUAACCCAGGUGCGGUUGGUGGGACAUCGAAAGGUAAUCGAUUGACCGAUAAACCUCAACAGCAACAACAAAAUCAACAGGGCCAAUGUCAAUGCUAA